CUCAGCUUAGCGCAGAAGCAGCUAAGAGUCUGUCCCAGAAGAGCUGUCCAGCCCUAGCAGCAGGCUGUGUAUGCUUUCUGUCAUAAGUCUACUUCUAAUGGCUCCAGACAAUACGUACCUCCAAAGACCUCCUAUUCCCCACUCAGCAUGAGUGGUUGGAGAUGCGGAACUGUAAUAAGCCAGUAGUUGCACAGCAUCAUAUAGAGAGAGGCAGCAGCUGAUUGCAGCUGGAGCAUCUAUUUGCCUGGGACAGUUCUAACGCAUGUUCAUGUAGCUGCAGUGAAGACUAAGGUUGGUUUGUUAACAGAAUACUAAAACAAGGCGGCAGCAGAAGCUGUAGCAGCAGCAGCGGCAACAACAGAGGCAGUGUAAUUCAGAAUGAGAAUGGACAUCACUGAGAGGCAGGAAGCUGCUUGUGAAGUGCUUAUGUUUGUGUGCGAGGCACCUGGUGUCAGCCUCUGUGGGAUUUGGGAAAAUUCAGCCUGAACUCAAGUUCCCUUCUAUUCUUCCCUUCCAGACAUCAGCCAUCUCCUGUGGAGGAUGCCUAAUAGUACACAAGUACUUCAGGAACCCGGGCCCAUCGUAUGAAAGAACUUGCAGGAUAAUUAAAUGUUUUAAACCCCACUGGGGAAUGCUCAAAAGACUGCACAACAUUACAGGAGUAUCAAACAAUUGUGGAAAUUCUGAGCUGAAGAAGCAGUCCUGAAGAUUGAUGGAGGGCCAUGCUAUUCAAACAGCAGGUGUUGCUGAGACAGAAGCUCUUUGUGCUGGGCAGCCUUGCUAUUGGAAGUCUUUUGUACAUAGUUGCCAGAGUUGGGAGCUUGGAUAGGCUCCAGCCCACAUGUCCCAUAGAAGGUCAGUUUGGAGACCAAGAGCAAAUCAUGCUUCGGGCGUUACAGUACAAACGAGGAUUGUCACAUGAUUUACGCAAAGGCAAUGUAACAAAGGAACAAAUCAGACUACACAACAUGGUACAACAGCUUCCCCAGGCCAUUAUUAUCGGUGUCCGCAAGGGUGGGACACGUGCCCUUCUCGAAAUGCUGAACUUACACCCAGCUGUGGUCAAAGCCUCACAGGAAAUCCAUUUCUUUGACAACGAUGAAAACUAUGCUAAGGGUAUUGAAUGGUAUCGGAAGAAAAUGCCCUUUUCCUAUCCCUAUCAGAUCACUAUUGAGAAAAGCCCAGCAUACUUCAUCACAGAGGAAGUCCCCGAAAGAAUUUACAAAAUGAACUCAUCCAUCAAAUUGUUGAUCAUUGUACGUGAGCCGACAACCCGAGCCAUUUCAGAUUACACUCAGGUCCUGGAGGGCAAGGAAAGGAAGAAUAAAACCUACUACAAAUUUGAGAAGCUUGCAAUUGACACGACAACCUGUGAGGUAAAUACUAAAUACAAGGCUGUGAGAACUAGUAUAUACACAAAACACCUUGAGAGGUGGCUCAAGUACUUUCCCAUUGAGCAAUUUCACAUUGUGGAUGGUGAUCGACUGAUAACUGAGCCAUUACCUGAACUGCAGUUAGUGGAGAAGUUUCUGAAUCUGCCCCCCAGAAUAAGCCAGUAUAAUUUAUACUUUAAUGCCACCAGGGGAUUUUAUUGUCUACGGUUUAACAUUGUAUUUAACAAGUGUCUGGCAGGCAGUAAAGGACGGAUACAUCCUGAGGUGGAUCCCUUGGUUGUGAACAAACUGCACAAGUUUUUUCAUCCUUUCAAUCAGAAAUUUUAUCAGAUCACUGGGCGGACAUUUAGCUGGCCAUAUAAGUGAUUGCUGCAACACUGUGUGUUGAUAUAAAGCAAAAAUGUUCAAUCAAAGGAAGGAUAUCCAAAACUUUCAAAAGUUGUCUUUUUCAGUAAAUCGGAUGGAAUGGAGAUGACUAUAUAAUGGUUUGUUUUCAAAAGGACACAGUUAUUAUAUUGCAGGGUGCUAUACUUCCAUUUGGUCAUUUCAUAAAAAGAAGAAAUUGAUGUGAGCGCAAAGCAGAGAUAUUUCCUUUAUACUCAUAUCUAGUUUCUAAUAAAUUCUUAUAAAAGGGAGAAAAGUUGAAUUUUGAGAAAUUUAUUGCCACGUCGAGCAGGCAAUGGUAAAAAGACCAUUGAUAAAUUGAAAUUGAUAUCAACCAUAUUCCAACUUACUUUGAGUUCUUAUGUGUGGUUGUCACUGCUUCCAGUUUGGGAGAAGACACCUCUGUUAUAAGUGAAGUGCCCUGACAUUUUCUGCCCAACAAAAAAAAAAUUAAACUCCCCAUGUUUUAAGGUAUGAAAAGAUCAGUCAUCAAAGUGGCCAAGAUUUUCACUGAAUCAUCAAUGACAGAGCUAUUAGUUCAUUAUUGUUCCAAUUGGCCUCAUUCACUUCUGUCUCUGUUUUGGGCUUAACAGAGAGAGACAACCUUGUCAAUAACAGGAGGUGAAACUGCCAAAUUCAAUUGCAGAAGCUGAUAUACGCUUUUUUUUCUUUGAGUAUUUCAGUAAGGAAAAUGCAUUUCUUUGCAUUUGUAUUUUGAUUGGAGAAUGCAGUGCUUGUUGCGAAGAUUUUGAUCAAAUUGUCUUCUUAAUUUAACAGUUGUAAACAAUUGACAUUUUGAAGCAGUGGUCAGCUCACUAUGCAGCUGUCACUCAAUUUGAUUCUACAGUAGAGUUAAGGUCCAGCCAUUUCCUCUCAGAAAAAGACAUUCAUAGGAAAAGCACUGACAUAAAAUACAAAAUACAUUUAAUAAUGGACCUAUAAAGUUCUAAACUAUCAUCAGUUUGUUUAGGUUUUCCCAACUUGUAGUCAUUAAACUCUUGUAUUAAACAUUUUACUCACUUGUAUCCAUUCUGGUGUAAUAAGCAAUAUAAAUGGAAAUUUAUCACCAAGACUCCUGAAGAAUUCAGUAACAUUUUGAUCUUCCAGUAGUUUUGUAGAGUCAUCAGAACUACCUGUUAGCUCAUGAAAAAAGUUGCAGAUUAAGGAAUAUGUGAGAAUGACAAUUAAGUUGUUUCAUACAACAGUUUUAUUCAAACGAUAUAUUUCAAAUAUUCCAGCACAAUUUUAGCUGUGAAAUGUUUCCAGUAAUUCUCCUACUGACUUUGUAAUACAGGUGAAUCAGUAGGCCGUGAUAAUGGGAACUGCAGAUGCUGGAGAAUACAAGAUAAUAAAAUGUGAGGCUGGAUGAACACAGCAGGCCCAG